AUGCCAGGCUUCCCUGUCCUUCACCAUCUCCCAGAGUUUGCUCAAAUUCACAUUGAGUUGGUGAUGCCCUCCAACCAUUUCAUCCUCUAUUGCCCCCUUCUGCCUUCGUUCUUUCCCAGCAUCAGGUGGCCAAAGUAUUGGAGCUUCAGCUUCAGCAUCAGUUCUUCCAAUGAAUAUUCAGGGUUGAUUUCCUUCAGGAGUGCCUGGUUUGAUCUUGCUGUCCAAGGGACUCUGAAGAGUCUUCAGCACUACAGUUGGAAGGCAUCAAUUUUUCAGCGCCCAGUCUUUUUUAUUGUCCAGCUCUCACGUCUGUACAUGACUACUGGAAAAACCAUAGCUUUGACUAUACAGACCUUUGUUGGCCAAGUAACUUCCCUGCUUUUUAAUAUGCUGUCUAGGUUUGUCAUUAUCCCCAUAUUUUAG